CACAACACCGUGAGAGCCAUAGGACUCAUGCUGUCCUCCAGCACACCCACACACACUAGCACCAAGAGCAAGAGACAGUGAGAGAGAGAGAGAGAGAGAGAGAGAGAGAGAGAGAGGGGUACAGCAACAAGGAAGGAAGGAGAGUGACUGAGAGAGAGAGAGAGAGAGAGAGAGAGAGAGAGAGAGAGGUGCAACGUGGAGACAGAGAGGGAGGGACAAGACAAAAGGAGAUAAAAAAUCCAAAUCCUGAAGAGAGAAAACUAAAGGAUUUUCUCUUCUCUCCCGAGGAGCUGCGAAUAACCCUCGGCGAAGGAUGGCAGAAGGGGGAGAUGGAGAGGAGGAGAUUCAGUUCCUGCGAACGGAUGACCAGGUCGUUCUCCAGUGCACUGCCUCCAUCCUGAAGGAGCAGAUUAAACUUUGUCUGUCCUGCGAGGGCUUCGGGAACCGUCUCUGCUUCCUUGAAACCACAUCCAAUGCUCAGAAUGUGCCCCCGGACUUGGCCAUAUGCACCUUUAUUCUGGAGCAGUCCCUGUCGGUCCGUGCUCUGCAGGAGAUGCUGGCCAACACAGUGGAGAUGACCGAGGUAGGAUCGUCCCAAGGUGGAGGCCAUCGUACCUUACUGUACGGUCAUGCCAUCCUUCUGAGACACAACCACUCAAGCAUGUACCUGAGCUGUUUGACGACAUCUCGGUCACUCACAGACAAGCUGGCCUUUGACGUGGGCUUACAAGAAGACUCCACUGGUGAGGCAUGUUGGUGGACCAUUCAUCCAGCCUCUAAGCAGAGGUCAGAAGGUGAGAAGGUCAGAGUGGGUGACGACCUCAUCCUCGUCAGUGUGUCCUCUGAGAGAUACCUGCAUCUGUCCUAUGCCAGUGGAGAUCUGAUGGUGGAUGCCUCCUUCAUGCAGACCCUGUGGAAUAUGAACCCAAUUAGUUCAGGAUGUGAACUAGCUGAGGGGUUUCUGACAGGCGGUCACGUUCUCAGGCUGUUCCACGGCCAUAUGGACGAGUGUCUGGCCAUCUCUACACCAGAAGAAGGCGAGGAAAAGCGAAGGAUGGCUCAUUAUGAAGGCGGUGCUGUGUGCAGUCAGGCUCGAUCCCUGUGGAGGUUGGAGCCUCUGAGAAUCAGUUGGAGUGGUAGCCACAUGAAGUGGGGGCAGUCUUUCCGCAUUCGCCACAUCACCACAGGCCGGUACCUGUGUCUGGAUGAGGAGAAGGGUCUAUUGGUAGUCGACCCAGAGAGGGCCAACACCAAACUGUCUGCUUUCUGCUUCCGUGUGUCAAAGCAGGAGAAGGUGGAUGUGGCUCAUAAGCGUGAUGUUGAGGGGAUGGGCAUUCCUGAGAUAAAGUACGGAGAGUCCAUGUGCUUCGUCCAGCAUGUGUCCACAGGCCUGUGGCUCACAUACGCCGCACUAGAUGCCAAAGCUGCUCGUCUGGGAAUGAUGAAAAGGAAGGUCAUUCUGCAUCAGGAGGGUCAUAUGGACGAUGCUCUAACUGUGUCCCGCUCCCAAACUGAAGAGUCUCAGGCUGCUCGUAUGAUUUACAGCACUAUGGGCCUCUUCAGGCAGUUCAUCAAUGGAAAGAACAAGUCCCCGGAGUCUGUGUCACUUCCUCUGGAGGGAGUCAUCCUCUCUCUUCAGGAUCUCAUCUUCUACUUUCGUCCCCCCGAGGAGGAACUGGAGCACGAGGAGAAGCAGACCAAGCUCCGCUCCCUCCGCAACCGGCAGAACCUCUUCCAAGAAGAGGGAAUGAUCACCAUCGUGCUGGAGUGCAUCGACCGCCUCAAUGUGUACAACACUGCUGCUCACUUCUCUGACUUUGCCGGAGAGGAAGCUGCAGAGUCCUGGAAGGAGAUUGUCAACCUCCUUUAUGAACUGCUGGCUUCUCUAAUCAGGGGGAACCGCUCAAAUUGCGCUUUGUUCUGUGACAACCUGGACUGGCUGGUCAGCAAGCUGGACCGUCUGGAGGCCUCCUCAGGUAUUCUUGAGGUGCUGUACUGUGUGCUAAUUGAAAGCCCUGAGGUUUUAAACAUCAUCCAGGAGAAUCACAUUAAAUCCAUCAUCUCUCUGCUGGACAAGCACGGAAGGAACCACAAGGUCCUGGAUGUUUUGCGCUCUCUUUGUGUGUGUAAUGGUGUCGCUGUGAGGUCCAAUCAGAACCUCAUCACUGAAAACCUGCUUCCGGGUCGUGACCUCUUGCUGCAGACCAAUAUUGUAAAUUAUGCCACCAGUGUCAGGCCCAACAUCUUCCUGGGUACAUGUGAGGGGUCCACGCAGUAUAAGAAGUGGUACUUUGAGUUGAUGGUAGACUAUGUGGAGCCCUUUGUGACAGCACAGGCCUCUCAUCUGCGUGUUGGCUGGGCUAUGACGGAGGGCUACAGCCCCUACCCUGGAGGAGGAGAAGGCUGGGGAGGCAACGGUGUGGGAGAUGAUCUGUACUCUUAUGGCUAUGAUGGACUGCACUUGUGGUCAGGUACCGUACCACGCCAGGUGGCUUCGCCCAGCACACACACUCUGGCUGCUGAUGAUGUCGUCAGCUGUUGUCUUGAUCUGAGCGUGCCCAGUAUCUCCUUCCGUAUUAACGGCCACCCGGUUCAGGGCAUGUUUGAAAACUUCAAUGUGGACGGCCUCUUCUUCCCUGUCCUCAGUUUCUCUGCCGGAAUCAAAGCUCGCUUCCUCCUUGGUGGUCGUCACGGAGACUUCAAAUUCAUGCCCCCACCUGGCUAUGCCCCAUGCUACGAGGCUCUGCUGCCCCGAGAGAGGAUGCGCAUUGAACCCAUCAAAGAGUACAAGCAUGACUUUGACGGUGUGCGCAACCUACUGGGUCCCACAAGGUCCCUCACCCAUACCUCGUUCACCCCCUGCCCUGUGGACACUGUUCAGAUUGUGUUGCCACCCCACUUGGAGCGUAUUCGAGAGAAGCUGGCGGAGAAUAUUCAUGAGCUCUGGGCUAUCACUCGUAUCGAGCAGGGCUGGACCUACGGGACUUUUAGAGAUGACAACAAAAAACUUCACCCCUGUCUGGUGGACUUCCAGAGUCUCCCUGAACCAGAGAGGAACUAUAACCUGCAGAUGUCUGGAGAGACUCUCAAGACUCUCCUGGCGCUGGGUUGCCACGUUGGUAUGGGUGACGAGAAAGCAGAAGAGAAUCUCAAAAAGAUCAAGCUGCCCAAGACCUAUGUGAUGAGCAAUGGAUACAAGCCUGCCCCCCUUGACCUCAACCAUGUCAGGCUGACACCCAACCAGAACCAGCUUGUGGAAAAACUGGCAGAAAAUGGACAUAAUGUUUGGGCAAGGGACCGGGUACGGCAAGGAUGGACCUACAGUAUUGUCCAGGACAUCUUGAAUAAGCGAAACCCUCGUCUGGUACCCUACAACUUGCUGGACGAGAGAACUAAGAAAACCAACCGAGACAGUGUUAACAACGCUGUCCGCACCCUCAUUGGCUACGGCUACAACAUUGAGCCUCCAGAUCAGGAGAGCACUGGCCAUGGCCUUGAGAACAUCCGAGGUGACAAAGUACGAAUCUUCAGGGCAGAGAAGUCGUACGCUGUCACCCAAGGAAAGUGGUACUUUGAGUUUGAGGCAGUGACCAUUGGGGAGAUGAGAGUGGGCUGGGCUCGUCCUAAUGUCCGCUCCGAUACUGAACUGGGAGCAGAUGAACUAGCCUACGUCUUUAAUGGCAACAAGGCUCAAAGAUGGCAUGUUGGCAAUGAUCCUUUCGGUCGCCAGUGGCAGUCUGGUGAUGUAGUCGGUUGUAUGAUUGACCUGACUGAGAUGAACAUCAUGUUCACGCUCAACGGAGAAAUGUUGAUCAGCGACUCAGGCUCGGAUAUGGCUUUCAAAGACAUUGAAAUUGGGGAAGGUUUUAUCCCAGUGUGUGCCCUGGGACUGUCUCAGAUUGGAAGGAUUAAUCUUGGUCAAAAUGUCAGCAGUCUGCGCUACUUUGCGAUCUGUGGCCUGCAGGAAGGAUUUGAGCCCUUUGCCAUCAAUAUGAAGCGAGACAUUACCAUGUGGUUCAGUAAAAGCUUACCCCAGUUUGUGCCUGUACCACCUGAUCACCAGCAUGUUGAGGUGUCCCGUGUGGAUGGGACAGUGGACAGCGCACCGUGUCUGAAGCUGACCCAUAAGACCUUUGGGUCGCAGAACGCCAAUACAGAUAUGAUGUUCCUCAGACUCAGCAUGCCAGUCCAGUUCCACGAGACCUUCAAGGUCCACGCGGGCACCACACUGCUCACCGGUGUCCUCACCAUACCCGAGGAGGAGGUGAUAGUGGUGGAGCCCGACUCCGAGUUUGAAGUUCUGAAGAAGUCUGCCAGCCGUAAGGAGCAGGAUGAGGAUAAGAAAGAGGCGUCAAUACCAAAGGAUGUCUCUCUGGAAAAUGAGAAGGACACUCUGUCAGAAAAAGGAAAGAAAAGAGGAUUCUUCUCAAAGGCCAGGAAGGCUGCCAUGACACCUCUUAACCCUCCUCCUGCCCCUCCAACGGUGCCACGUUUGAUGGAAGACGUGGUUCCGGAUGACAGAGAUGACCCUGAGAUCAUCCUAAAUACCACCACUUAUUACUACUCUGUGAGGAUCUUUGCCGGGCAGGAGCCCUCUGGUGUGUGGAUCGGCUGGGUCACCCCUGACUACCACCAGUUUGAUCCGACCUUUGACCUCACCAAAGUACGCAGUGUCACUGUCACUGUGGGAGAUGACAGAGGCAACAUACAUGACAGUAUGAAGCACAGUAACUGUUACAUGGUUUGGGGAGGGGACCUGGUCAGCACUCAGCAAACCCGCUUCAGCCAGGAGGACAUGGUGAUUGGCUGCCUGGUCGACCUCGAUACAGGUCUCAUGACUUUUACAGCUAAUGGAAAGGAGAUUAACACCUUCUACCAGGUGGAGCCCAAUACCAAGCUGUUCCCCGCUGUCUUCAUUCAGCCCUCCAGUCAGAACAUGUUGCAGCUGGAGCUGGGCAAACUUAAGAACAUCAUGCCCAUCUCAGCAGCUAUGUUCCGCAGCGAGCAUAAUAACGCAGUCCCGCAGUGCCCUCCCAGGCUGGAUGUCCAGAUGCUGACCCCAGUUAUCUGGAGUCGUAUGCCUAAUCACUUCCUCGACCCGGAGGUGGGCAGAGUGAGCGAGAGGCUGGGCUGGAUGGUAGAGUGUACUGAACCUCUCAUCAUGAUGGCCCUGCACAUCCCGGAGGAGAACAGGUGUAUUGACAUACUGGAGCUGUCGGAGCGCCAGGAUCUGAUGAAGUUUCACUACCACACCCUCAUGCUCUACUGCGCUGUCUGUGCACUGGGCAACAACCGUGUAGCUCAUGCCCUGUGCAGCCAUGUUGAUGAAUCCCAGCUUUUCUACGCCAUUGAAAACACCUAUUUACCCGGACCUCUCCGCAGCGGCUACUACGACCUGCUCAUCAGCAUCCACCUAGAGUCUGCCAAGCGGGCACGCCUGGGCACCAACAGGGAGUUUAUUGUCCCCAUGACUGAGCAGACUCUCAGCAUCAAGCUCUAUCCUGAUGAAAAGAAGGCCCAUUCUCUCCCAGGUGUGGGUCUCACCACCUGCUUACGACCCAAACUACAUUUCUCAUCUAUCAACUUUGUCGGCACCGAUCCUGAUCUGUACACCCUUAGUCCCAUCUUCCCUCUGCAGGAGUUGAAGACCAAGGCUAUUAGCAUGCUAACAGAGGCUGUGCUGGAUGGUAGUCAGGCUAUGCGGGAUCCAGUAGGAGGCAGCGUAGAAUUCCACUUUGUCCCAAUCCUGAAACUCAUCAGUACACUGCUCAUCAUGGGCAUCUUCAAUGACGACGACACCAAGCACAUCCUCAAGAUGAUCGAUCCCAACGUUUUCAGUGGAAAGGAAGAGGAAGAGGAGGAGGCAGCAGCAGAGGUAGCUGAGGCGGGUGCAGCUCCUGAAGGGGAAAGUGGAGAAGCAAAGGAGGAGCUGACGGAGGAAUUAGCCGAGGAACUUGAGGAUGAAGGGGUUGGCGAAGAGGAAGAGGAGCUGAAAGAUCUAGAGAAAGAAGAUGAGGAGGAAGAAGGGGAGGAGGAGGAGGAGGAAGAAGAGACUGAGCCUAAGGAGGAAGGAGAAGAGGAGGAGAAGGAGGAAGGAGAGAGAGAGGCCAAAGGUGGAAAAGUGGAUGGCGAAAAGAUGGAGGAGGAGAAGGAGGCAGAGGCACUGGAGGCAGUAUUGAAAGAGGAAGAGGAGGGUCUUGAGGAGGGAUUACUCCAGAUGAAGUUGCCUGAGUCUGUCAAACUGCAGAUGUGCACGCUGCUGCAGUACUUCUGUGACUGUGAGCUGCGACACAGAGUGGAAGGCAUUGUGGCCUAUUCAGACCAGUUUGUCAACCAUAUUCAGACAAACCAGCGAGUUCGUUACAACCUGUUGAUGAGAGCUUUCACCAUGUCCGCUGCUGAGACUGCACGCAAGACUCGCGAGUUCCGUUCACCGCCACAAGACCAGGUCCUUAUGCUGACCAAUUUUAAGCACUGUCCAGAGCAUGAGGAAUGUCCAGUGCCUGAGCAUGUGCGGGACACUCUGGGAGAGUUUCACAAUGACAUCUUGCUUCACUGCGGCAUACAUAUUGAGGAGGAGGAGGUGGAGGAGGAGGUGGACACAUCACUGAGAGGCAGACUCCUCAGUAUGGUGGACAGAAUAAGGAACUUGCGCUCGAAGCAGGAACAUGAGGAGCCAGAGGUCGAGGAGGAACUAAAACCCAGCACCCUUCAGGAGCUGAUCUCCCACACCAUGAUUCACUGGGCUCAGGAGUCGUUCAUCCAGAACCCUGAGCUGGUGCGUCUCAUGUUCAGCCUUCUCCACAGGCAGUAUGACGGACUCGGCGAGCUGACCCGAGCGCUGCCCAAAGCCUACUCCAUCAACGCGGUGUCUUAUCAGGACACCAUGGACCUGCUGGAAUGUUUGGGACAGAUCCGCUCACUGCUCAUCGUCCAGAUGGGCCCAGAGGAGGAGCGGCUCAUGAUCCAGAGCAUUGGGAACAUCAUGAACAACAAGGUGUUCUACCAACACCCCAAUUUGAUGAGAGCUCUUGGUAUGCAUGAGACUGUCAUGGAAGUGAUGGUCAAUGUAUUGGGCGGAGGAGGAGACUCAAAGGAGAUUCGAUUCCCCCAAAUGGUGACAAACUGCUGCCGUUUCCUGUGUUACUUCUGUCGUAUCAGCAGACAGAACCAGCGCUCCAUGUUUGACCAUCUGAGCUACCUGCUACAGAACAGCGGCAUCGGCUUGGGUCAGUGCAUGCGUGGGUCCACCCCUCUGGAUGUGGCUGCUGCUUCCUGCAUUGACAACAACGAGCUGGCCUUGGCUCUGCAGGAGCAGGACCUGGAAAUGGUGGUGACGUACUUGGCGGGUUGCGGGCUGCAGAUGUGUCCAAUGCUCAUGUCUAAGGGCUACCCUGACAUCGGCUGGAACCCCUGUGGAGGGGAGAGAUACCUGGAUUUCCUCCGCUUUGCAGUCUUUGUUAAUGGAGAGAGCGUGGAGGAGAACGCCAACGUUGUGGUGCGUCUGCUCAUCCGUCGGCCCGAGUGUUUCGGCCCGGCCCUGAGAGGAGAGGGUGGGAACGGUCUGCUGGCUGCCAUGGAGGAGGCCAUCAAGAUCUCAGAGGAUCCGGCGAGGGACGGACCCACUGUCAAAAAAGACAGGCGCUUCAUGUUUGGUGGUGAGGAACAGCAGGAGGAGAACCGCGUGCAUCUGGGAAAUGCCAUCAUGUCCUUCUACUCAGCCCUCAUCGAUCUGCUGGGCCGCUGCGCUCCUGAGAUGCAUCUGAUCCAAGCAGGCAAGGGUGAAGCUCUGAGAAUCAGGGCUAUCUUGAGGUCUCUGGUGCCCAUAGAGGAUCUGGUGGGAGUCAUCAGCUUGUCUGUGCAGAUUCCAGCCUACGGCAAAGAUGGUCAGAUUAUUGAGCCCAAGAUGUCUGCAAGUUUUGUGCCAGACCACAAGGCCUCCAUGGUGCUGUUCCUUGACAGAGUCUACGGUAUUGAUAACCAGGACUUCCUGCUGCAUGUCCUGGAGGUCGGCUUCCUGCCGGACAUGAGAGCUUCAGCUUCUCUGGACACUGUAACAUUCUGUACCACUGAAAUGGCCUUGGCACUAAACCGCUACCUUUGUUCAGCUGUUCUGCCUCUGCUCACCAAGUGUGCCCCCUUGUUUGCUGGGACGGACCAUCGGGCCAUCAUGAUUGACUCCAUGCUCCACACCAUCUAUCGCCUGUCCCGCGGCCGAGCCCUCACCAAGGCUCAGCGGGACGUCAUUGAGGAGUGCCUCAUGUCACUCUGCAAGUACCUUCGACCCUCUAUGCUACAGCAUCUGCUUAGAAGGCUGGUAUUUGAUGUGCCCAUCCUCAAUGAAUAUGCAAAGAUGCCUCUCAAGCUGUUGACCAAUCACUACGAGCGCUGCUGGAAAUAUUACUGCUUGCCUAACGGAUGGGCUAACUUCGGGGUGACCUCAGAGGAAGAGCUGCAUCUUUCUCGUAAACUCUUUUGGGGAAUUUUUGAAUCUUGUGCCCACAAGAAAUAUGAUGCAGAGCUCUUUAAGAUCACCAUGCCCUGCCUCUGUGCUAUAGCAGGAGCCAUCCCUCCUGACUAUGUGGACGCCACCUUCUCCUCUAACACUGAGAAGAAGGCCUCUGUGGAUGCUGAAGGCAACUUUGAUCCCAAACCAGUGGAGACCACCAACACAAUUAUCCCUGAGAGGCUAGACACAUUCAUCAACAAGUAUGCAGAGCACACUCAUGACAAAUGGGCCUUUGAAAAGAUUCAGAACAACUGGACCUACGGAGAGACGUUAGAUGAGAAUGCUAAGACGCACCCGAUGCUCCGACCAUACAAAACGUUCUCUGAAAAGGAUAAGGAGAUCUAUCGCUGGCCCAUUAAGGAAUCCAUCAAAGCCAUGUUGGCAUGGGAGUGGACCUUGGAGAAAGCCCGGGAUGGCGAAAUAGAAGUCGAGAAGAAAACUGCCACACGAAAAAUCUCCCAAACUGCUCAGGUUCAAGGCUACAACCCUCAGCCAAUAGACAUUGCAGCAAUGGCCCUGUCCAGAGAGCUGCAGUCUAUGGCUGAGCAGCUGGCUGAAAACUACCACAACACCUGGGGCAGGAAGAAGAAGCUGGAGCUACAGGACAAAGGCGGUGGCAGCCACCCUCUGCUUGUGCCUUAUGACACCCUGACGGCUAAGGAGAAGGCCAGGGACAGGGAGAAGGCCCAGGACCUGCUCAAGUUCCUCCAGCUGAAUGGAUAUGCUGUGACAAGGGGUAUGAAGGACAUGGAGCAGGACAUUUCCUCCAUUGAGAAGCGUUUUGCCUACGGCUUCCUCCAGAAGCUUCUCAAAUGGAUGGACAUUGCCCAGGAGUUCAUCGCUCAUCUUGAGGCUGUGGUUAGUAGUGGUAGAGUGGAGAAAUCACCACAUGAACAAGAGAUCAAAUUCUUUGCCAAGAUCCUCUUGCCGCUGAUCAAUCAGUACUUCAAGAAUCACUGCCUCUACUUCCUCUCCACUCCUGCUAAAGUCUUGGGUAGUGGAGGGCAUUCAUCCAAUAAGGAGAAGGAAAUGAUUGCAAGUAUCUUCUGUAAGUUGGCUGCUUUGGUGAGGCACAGAGUCUCUCUUUUUGGAACGGAUGCAGGUGCAGUGGUAAACUGUCUGCACAUUUUGUCAAGAUCACUUGAUGCCAGGACUGUCAUGAAAUCAGGGCCUGAGAUUGUGAAGGCUGGUCUGCGUCAGUUCUUUGAGAGUGCUGCUGAUGACAUUGAGAAGAUGGUUGAGAAUCUGAAACUGGGUAAAGUGUCCAGUCGAAACCAGGUAAAGGGUGUGGCACAAAACAUCAACUACACCACCACAGCCCUGCUGCCGGUCCUCACGUCACUGUUUGACCACAUCGCUCAGCACCAGUUUGGAGAUGACGUCAUGUUGGAUGACUUGCAAAUAUCCUGCUAUCGUACAAUGUGCAGCAUCUACUCUUUGGGCACUGUGAAGACUCCACAUGUAGAGAAACAGCGACCGGCUCUCGGGGAGUGUUUGGCCCACUUAGCAGCUGCGAUGCCAGUGGCCUUCCUGGAGCCAACACUGAAUGAGUUCAACACAUUUUCUGUUUAUACCACCAAGACCCCCAGAGAGAGAUCCAUUCUGGGUCUUCCCAACCAAGUGGAGGAGCUGUGCCCUGACAUCCCAGAGCUGGAGAUCCUGAUGAAGGAGAUCCAUGAUCUGGCUGAGUCUGGUGCACGCUACACAGAAAUGCCCCAUGUGAUUGAGAUUACCCUGCCCAUGCUGUGUAACUACCUCCCUCGCUGGUGGGAGAGAGGCCUAGAGAACUUCCCAGAGCAGGAGGGCCAGCUCUGCACCGACGUCACCUCCGAGCAACUCAACAAGCUGCUGGGUAGCAUCAUGAAGAUUGUGGUUAACAACCUGGGUAUAGAUGAAGCCUCCUGGAUGAAAAGAUUGGCAGUGUUCGCCCAGCCCAUUGUCAACAGGGCUAAACCAGAGAUGCUUAAAUCUCACUUCAUCCCCACCAUGGAGAAGCUAAAGAAGCGCUCAGGGAAGGUGGUGGCCGAGGAGGAUCAUCUGCGCAUGGAGGGCAAGACGGAGGUGGACAGUGAAAACGGGACCAUCCGAGAUGAGUUUGCUGUGCUGUGUCGAGACCUGUACGCUCUCUACCCGUUGCUCAUCCGCUACGUGGACAAUAACAGAGCGAGAUGGUUGACCUGUCCAGACCCAGAUGCAGAGGAGCUCUUCAGGAUGGUGGGAGAAGUGUUUAUUUUCUGGUCCAAAUCCCACAAUUUUAAACGAGAGGAGCAGAACUUUGUGGUGAUGAAUGAAAUCAACAACAUGUCCUUCCUCACUGCUGACAGUAAGAGCAAGAUGAGCAAGUCUGGAGGCUCGGAGCAGGAGCGGACCAAAAAGAAGCGGCGGGGCGAUCGCUACUCUGUGCAGACCUCCCUUAUUGUAGCGGCAUUGAAGAAGAUGCUUCCCAUCGGCCUCAACAUGUGCUCUCCUGCAGACCAGGAGCUCAUCAAUCUUGCAAAGAUCAGAUACUCACUGAAAGACACGGAUGAAGAGGUGAGGGAGUUCUUGCACAAUAAUCUCCAUUUGCAAGGCAAAGUGGAGGAUCCGGCUAUGAGGUGGCAGAUGUCUCUUUAUAAGGAGAUGUCUGGAAAAGCUGAAGAUGCCGAGGACCCUGAGAAAGUGGUGAAAAGAGUACAGGAGGUGUCCGCUGUCCUUUACCACAUUGAGGUGACAGAGCAUCCGUUCAAGUCAAAGAAAAUGGUUUGGCACAAGCUCCUGUCCAAACAGCGUCGCAGGGCUGUGGUGGCCUGUUUCAGGAUGACGCCCCUGUACAACAUCCCCGCGCACAGGGCAACCAACAUGUUCUUGGAUGCAUACAAGCGCAACUGGUUAGAGACUGAGGGUUACUCAUUUGAGGACAAGAUGAUUGACGAUUUAUCAAAAGCCAUGGAAGAAGAGGAGGAAGAGGAAGAGGAGACCGAGACAAAGCCUGAUCCCCUUCAUCAGUUGAUUCUUCAUUUCAGUCGCACCGCUCUCACAGAAAAGACCAAGCUAGACGUAGACCAUCUUUAUAUGUCAUAUGCUGAUAUUAUGGCAAAGAGCUGCCACAUUAAUGAGGAGGACGAAGGGGGAGAACAGGAGGGGGAGGAACCAGCCUUUGAGGAAAAGGAGAUGGAGAAACAGAGACUUCUGUACCAGCAGUCCCGUUUACACAACCGUGGGGCUGCUGAGAUGGUGCUGCAGAUGAUCAGCGCCUGUAAAGGUGAACCUGGAGUCAUGGUUUCUUCCACACUCAAACUGGGAAUCUCCAUCCUCAAUGGAGGCAACAGUGAUGUACAGCAGAGGAUGUUGGACUAUCUGAAGGAUAAAAAGGAUGUGGGAUUCUUCCUCAGCGUUCAGUCUCUGAUGCAGACCUGCAGUGUUUUGGACCUGAAUGCUUUUGAGAGACAGAACAAGGCUGAGGGACUUGGGAUGGUUUCAGAGGAGGGUUCUUUAAUUAUUAUAAAACAGAAUGAGAAAGUGAUGGCUGACGAUGAAUUUACAUGCGACCUCUUCCGCUUCCUUCAGCUUCUUUGCGAGGGCCACAAUAAUGAUUUCCAGAACUACCUGAGAACUCAGACAGGCAGCACCACCACCAUCAAUAUCAUCAUCUGCACUGUGGACUACCUCCUUCGACUACAGGAGUCCAUCAGUGACUUCUACUGGUAUUACUCAGGAAAAGACAUCAUUGAUGAGCCUGGUAAGAGGAAUUUCUCCAAAGCAAUGACUGUGGCGAAACAGGUCUUCAACAGCUUGACUGAGUACAUCCAGGGUCCCUGUACUGGUAACCAGCAGUCUCUGGCCCACAGCAGGUUGUGGGAUGCUGUUGUGGGUUUCCUGCACGUCUUUGCUCACAUGAUGAUGAAACUUGCUCAGGACUCCAGUCAAAUUGGACUAUUAAAGGAACUGUUGGAUCUUCAGAAGGACAUGGUAGUGAUGCUUCUGUCCCUACUUGAAGGCAAUGUGGUAAACGGUACCAUUGCCAGGCAGAUGGUUGACAUGCUGGUGGAGUCCUCCAGCAAUGUGGAGAUGAUCCUUAAAUUCUUCGACAUGUUCCUCAAGCUCAAGGACAUAGUUGCAUCUGAUGCUUUCCGUGACUAUGUGACGGAUCCCCGUGGGCUAAUCUCCAAGAAGGACUUCUCCAAGGCCAUGGACAGCCAGAAGCAAUACUCUCCCUCAGAAAUCCAGUUCCUCCUCUCUUGCUCAGAGGCCGAUGAGAACGAGAUGAUCAAUUUUGAGGAAUUUGCUGAUCGUUUUCAGGAGCCAGCCAAAGACAUUGGAUUCAAUAUCGCCGUUCUGCUCACAAACCUAUCGGAGCACGUACCCCACGACGCUCGCCUUCAGAACUUCCUGGAGCAGGCAGAGAGCGUGCUCAAUUACUUCCGUCCUUUCCUCGGCCGCAUCGAGAUCAUGGGAUACAGCAGGAAGAUCGAGCGUAUUUACUUUGAGAUCAGCGAGGCGAACCGCAACCAGUGGGAGAUGCCACAAGUUCGAGAGUCCAAACGGCAGUUCAUCUUUGACGUGGUCAACGAGGGCGGUGAAAGUGAGAAAAUGGAGCUCUUUGUAAACUUCUGUGAGGACACCAUCUUUGAGAUGAACAUCGCUGCGUCUAUCUCUGAGCCUGAAGGUGAAGGUGAAGAAGAGGAAGAUGAUGAAGAAGAAGAGGAGGGCGGAGGAGAUGAAAGAGACACUGGAGAAGGAGAGGAUGGCAACGGAGAAGGUGCACCUCCAGAGUCGACCUCAGCCUUUGCAGACUUCCUGACAAGUGUGGUUAACUUCUUUAACAUGUUCACCUUCCGUAACCUGCGACGUCGUUAUCGGAAACUAAGGAAAAUGACGGUGAAGGAGAUGGUGGUCGGCAUGGCUACGUUUAUCUACACCGUUCUGAUGGGUAUCUUGAUGUUUGUCUACAGUAUAUGUAAGGGCUUCUUCACACUCAUAUGGAAGGUGCUGUUUGGCGGAGGCUUAGUGGAGGGUGCCAAGAAGAUGACGGUGACUGAGAUCCUUGCCAGCAUGCCAGAUCCAACACAGGACGAAGUUCACGGGGAGCUACCACCUGAACCAGGGGCUCGAGAGGACCAAGAAAUGGACGGAGCAGCAGAUCUCUUAGAUGCAGUGGUAGGAGAGGAGGAGGAGGGGGAGGAUGGUGAGGAUAGGGAAGGACGCCUGCCUGGUUUCAACACUCCUGGGGGACUUGGCGACUUUGGUGAGACGACACCAGAGGAACCUCCGACUCCAGAGGGUACACCGCUGCUGAAGAAGAAAUUGUUGACGACCGCAGUCGAAGGACAGGAAGGAGAAGGAGGAGAAGGAGAAAAGGCUGAACCGGAAGAAGAGGCUGCUCAAGAGACCGAGAAAGCAGACACCGAGAAUGGCGAGAAGGCAGAGAAGGCAGAGCCUGAACCCGAGGUAAAGGAGGAAGAGCCCGAGGAGGAGGAGGAGAAACCGGUGAAGGCCAAGGCAAAGAAGGAGAAGAAACCCGUUGAGCAGGGCUUUGAGCUGUGGAAUGAGCUUGAGAUUCAGAGGGUGAAAUUCAUGAACUACCUUUCUCGUAACUUCUACAACCUGCGAUUCUUGGCCCUCUUCAUCGCCUUCGCUCUCAAUUUCAUCCUGCUCUUCUACAAGGUGUCUGACAGUCCUCGAGGUGAAGAGGAGUUUGAGGGUUCUGGUCUGUUUGAGGGUUCUGGCUUAUUCGAAGGCUCUGGUGCUGAGGAAGAAGGCUCUGGAUUAGAUGAUGGAGGAGAAGACGAAGAAGAUGAAGGUCCCCAGUACUUCUUCUUGGAGGAGAGCACGGGCUACAUGGAACCUGCCUUAGCCUUUUUAAGUAUCGUCCACACCAUAAUCUCCUUCCUCUGCAUCAUUGGCUACAACUGCCUCAAGGUUCCUCUGGUUAUAUUCAAGAGAGAGAAGGAGCUGGCCAGAAAGCUGGAGUUUGAUGGUCUCUAUGUCACUGAGCAGCCCGAAGACGACGACAUCAGGGGCCAAUGGGACAGACUGGUGCUCAACACUCCCUCUUUCCCCAACAAUUACUGGGACAAGUUUGUGAAAAGAAAGGUGCUGGAUAAAUAUGGGGACAUCUACGGCAGAGAGAGGAUUGCAGAGUUGCUAGGUAUGGACUUGGCUUCUCUAGAUGUCAGCGCCAUGAUGCACGAAAAGAAGGCUGAGCCUGACACCUCAAUGUUCAGCUGGAUAACAUCUAUUGACAUCAAGUACCAGAUCUGGAAGUUUGGUGUUGUGUUCACUGACAAUACCUUCCUUUACCUGUGUUGGUAUCUGUUAAUGUCUAUGCUUGGACACUACAACAACUUCUUCUUCGCCUGCCAUCUUCUGGACAUCGCCAUGGGAGUGAAAACCCUGCGCACCAUUCUGUCCUCUGUCACUCACAAUGGCAAACAGCUGAUGAUGACAGUGGGUUUACUGGCCGUAGUGGUGUACCUCUACACUGUGGUGGCCUUCAACUUCUUCCGCAAAUUUUACAACAUGAGUGAGGAUGAGGAUGAGCCGGACAUGAAGUGCGAUGACAUGAUGACUUGUUACCUGUUCCACAUGUAUGUCGGCGUGCGUGCUGGUGGUGGUAUAGGAGAUGAAAUUGAGGACCCCGCUGGAGAUGAAUAUGAGCUCUACCGUGUGGUCUUUGACAUUACCUUCUUCUUCUUCGUCAUUGUCAUCCUGUUGGCUAUCAUUCAGGGUUUGAUCAUUGAUGCCUUUGGAGAGCUGAGAGACCAGCAGGAGCAGGUCAGAGAGGAUAUGGAGACAAAGUGUUUCAUCUGUGGAAUAGGGAGCGACUACUUUGAUACGACGCCGCACGGCUUCGAGACACACACUUUAGAAGAGCACAAUUUAGCCAACUACAUGUUCUUCCUAAUGUAUCUCAUCAAUAAAGAUGAAACAGAACACACAGGACAGGAGUCAUACGUGUGGAAGAUGUACCAGGAGCGAUGCUGGGACUUCUUCCCUGCCGGUGACUGCUUCAGGAAGCAGUAUGAGGAUCAGCUCGGAUAA